GCAUAGCUAUAGACAGUCAGACAGUGAGGCUGCAGAAACACAUCUAGAGUCGGGGGAAUCCUGAAGAAAGGGGAGAUCAAGGUGGAUUUCAUCUGAAACAGUGAAGAAAAAGACAAAGCAUCCGGACGGCAUGGAGGACGCCUGGACGUUGGGGCUGGCAGCCGUCCUGGUCGCCUGGGUGGGGCUCUGGCUGUGGAGAGACCGCCUGCUGAUCUCGGACGUCGAGCAGAGGCACGUCUUCGUCACCGGCUGCGACUCGGGCUUCGGGAGCCUGCUGUGCAAGCGGCUGGAGCGCCGCGGUUUCCGCGUGCUGGCCGGCUGCCUGACGGAGGCGGGGGCCCGCGAGCUGCGCCGGGCCACCGGGCCCAACCUCAGGACCUGCCUGCUGGACGUGACGGACAGCGAGUCGGUGCUGCGCGCGGCGGACUGGGCCAAGGGGGAGGUCGGGGACAAAGGGCUGUGGGGCCUGGUUAACAACGCGGGCCGCUCCAUCCCCAUGGGCCCCACAGAGUGGAUGCAGGUGGAGGACUUCCAAAGCACACUGCGCGUCAACAUGAUGGGUGUCAUCGAGGUGACGCUGGCCUUUCUGCCGCUGGUGAAGUGUGCCCGCGGCCGCCUGGUCAACGUGGCCUCCGUCCUGGGCAGGGUAGGCGCCAACGGCGGCGGAUACUGCAUGUCCAAGUUCGCGGUGGAGUGCUUCUCCGAUUGCCUCAGGCGGGACAUGCACUACUUUGGUGUCAAGGUGUGUAUCAUUGAGCCGGGGUUCUUCAAGACGGCCAUAACCAGCCUGGAGCCCCUGGAACGGGAACUGCAGCGCCUGUGGGGUCAGCUGAGCCCCGAGGUGCGCGAGAGCUACGGGGAAAAGUACUUCGACAAUUACAUCAAGCUUCAGCGACUGAUCAUGAACAACGUGUGUGACCCGGACCUGAGCAAGGUGACGGACUGCAUGGAGCACGCGCUGAUGGCGCGCUACCCCCGCACCCGCUACAGCGCCGGCUGGGACGCCAAGCUGGUCUGGAUCCCACUCUCCUACACCCCCACCUUUGUCCUUGACUCCGUGCUCAAAAUGAUGAUGCCCCGUCCAGCUCACAGUGUUUAAGGACGCGAAUUAAAGCCGGGCACACACCAAGCCCACAGCAAAAAAAAAUCGCGCCGUCCAAGGCAGACAUAGGACAUACUAUCAUGACUAAAGGUGACGGCUGACAUACAGACCAAUCAGAGAGCUCAGUUUCACCAACUAGCUGUGCCUUUCAGCAUGCUGAAUCAGCCAACACUGGGCCCUACAGGGAGUCACUGCCUCUCACUGACAGCUCAACAGCUUUCGACGGCCAAAAAUCCUAACCAGAGACUAACCAGAGACAUAUAAAGAUUGUGAAACUGCAUUGAAUACAGUUCUGUAACAUUACGAAGACCCAUGAGUGAAAUCCACACUAUUGUGAAUUAUAUUCUUAUCAUCAUUAUUAUUGUUGCGUAUUUCUGAAUUGCAGUGGUGUCAUGUAAAUGUCAAAAUGUUUCACUGUGCCAUCUGUGUAGUUCUUCCAACUUUGCUCUCCAUUGAGCACAUACACACACACGGACAUAAGCAGCCAAGGGCGUUUGUGGUUACGUUCUAUGCCUUUAAAACCCAAGCACUGUUUCCAGUGAGACUCAUCGUUUGUUGAGUACAAAUCCAUUAAUAUCAGACCUUGCUUGUAAGAGCAUAACUGAACCCCUCUUCAAAUUCUAUAAAUGUCACAUUUCCAUUAUGACAUCCUUGUUUACUUUCCUAGAAUAAAAUGUUGUGUCCAUC